AAUUCUCCUUCAUUGAGUUGUAUUGUGUGUGUCUAUCACUGCACAAAGCUGAACUUUACAUUAUUUAUUGCUAUUAUACGGCACAACGGUGACCUGCAACGACUAUUCCACUUUUGAGCCAAAUGAACAGACAGAAAUGAACAGAAUGAACUAUGCUUCACAAGUGGCCGGACGGUGGUGCUGCUCCUGGAGACUUCGCUGCCGCUGACGUCAGGGGGUUUCAGUCAGUCAGUCCGGCGGAGCGGAAGCGGAGUCCCGCUGCUUGGGGCUGCUGUCACGGGCAGCCAAGGGAUAGUGCCGCUCUGCGUGUGAACUGAUCCCGCAGACUAGAAAGCAGCAAUAAAACGCACACGCAAAUAUUUACAAAACAUCGCUACAUAAGCAGGGGUCAUGGAGGCGCAGAGCAAAGAGGAAACCAAGGGACCCGUACUUCAUAUUGUGGUGGUUGGAUUUCAUCACAAGAAGGGCUGUCAGGUGGAGUUCUCCUACCCCCCUCUCCUCCCCGAGGAGGGCCAUGACAGCAGCUUACUCCCUCAGGAGUGGAAGUACCUGCCCUUCUUGGCGUUACCCGAUGGAGCCCACAACUACCAGGAAGACACCAUCUACUUCCACCUGCCCCCCCUGAACGGAGACAUGAAGUGUGUGUACGCUGUGUCCUGCUACCGGCAGAUAGAGGCCAAGGCCCUGAAGGUCCGCCAGGCUGACGUCACCAGGGAAACGGUGCAGAAGAGCGUGUGUGUCCUGAGCAGGGUGCCCCUGUACGGCCUGCUCCAAGCCAAGCUGCAGCUCAUAACACAUGCCUACUUCGAGGAGAAGGAUUUCUCGCAGAUAUCCAUCCUGAAGGAGCUGUAUGAGCACAUGAACGGUUCUCUGCCUGGCACCGUCCCAGAGGGCUCUCAGGUCUACCUGGGCAUGUCUUCGAGGGAUUUGAUACUCCGCUUUCGGCACAAGGUCCUCAUCCUCUUCAAGCUGAUCCUGCUGGAGAGGAAGGUACUCUUCUACGUGUCACCAGUCAGCAGACUUGUGGAGGCACUAAUGACCAUCCUGUCACUGUUUCCUGGGAUGAUCGAGCAUGGCCUGGCAGACUCCUCCCACUAUCGGCCGAGGGGGAGCGUGUCCGAGGACCCCGCUCCCGACACGGCUGCCCCCGCCCCCGAGGAGUUCAUCUCUGUGUCCGUCACGGACGUUGACGGCACCUCGCAGGAGCCGAUGGAGGAUUCCGAAGAAAUGGCUGUCCCCGUGCCUGACGCUGCCCCGGAGCAGACAGAGAAGCAGCACUUGAGGCUGCCAUCUCGGUCGUCCCCCGUGUCAUCAGAGAGCGACUGGGAGACGCUGGACCCCGGGGUGCUGGAGGACCGAAGCCCUGUGGAGGCAGCAGUGGGGGAAAAGACGGAGUCGACAAACGGCGAGUCGGGCUCGGCCAUCACAGUGCAGCCGCAGCCGACCAGCGGACAGGCCGUCCCGGAACAGGGCAUUGUGUCGGGCCUCCAGGAAGACCAGUACGGCCAGCCUCUUGCCAUCUUCACCAAGGGUUACCUGUGCCUGCCUUACAUGGCUCUGCAACAGCACCACCUGCUGUCGGACAUGACGGUGCGUGGCUUCGUCGCCGGGGCGACCAACGUGCUGUUCCGCCAGCAGAGGCAUCUGAGCGAUGCCGUGGUUGAAGUGGAGGAGGCCCGCAUCCUCAUCCAGGACCCCGAGCUACGGCGGCUGGUGAACCUUUCGACGGCAGACCUGCGCUUUGCCGACUACCUGGUGAAGCACGUGACGGAGAACCGGCAGGACGUCUUCCUGGACGGCACCGGCUGGGAGGGCGGCGACGAGUGGAUCCGCGCCCAGUUCGGGCUCUACAUCCACUCGCUGCUCGCCACCUCGCUGCAGCAAGAUAACGAGAAGCUACUGGCCGACUACGGUGCUCCCUUCGUCUCCGCCUGGAAAGUCACCCAUAACUACAGGGUCUGGCACAGUAAUCCACACGAGGCCAUGUCAGAGGUCGCCGCCGGCCACCCUUUCCAGGGACAUUACAGUGUCACCGAUGUAAAACUGCGCUUCUCACACUCCGUGCAGAACAGCGAACGGGGGAAGAAGAUCGGUAACGCCGUGAUGACUACCAGCCGGAGCGUGGUGCAGACGGGAAAGGCUGUGGGCCAGUCGGUGGGUGGGGCCCUGGUUACCGCCAAGUCUGCCAUGUCCUCCUGGUUCUCCACGCUGGCCCAGCCGACCGUGAUGCCUAGCCUGGUUCCGCCCGAAACUAAGCUGUGAUCCCCACACCUCCACCCUGCUUUUCCUCUCCUCUGUUUCUUUCACAUGCAAGACAUUCUUGCACCCCCCCCCCCUACCCCACAUACACACCCAGAGAUGAAGAAGCGGACAGCACAGUAUGGGAUGAACCUGGUGGCACCAAGAGCGGGCUGUCCCAUACUUCCCACCUCCCUUCCUUCUGCAUUUUCCCAGAUUAACCGCCCCCCCAUCUGCAUUAUCAGUGAGUAGCGGUCGUCAUCGCUAACAUGCUGGUGCAGUAUUCGGAGCGGAUUCACGCCACCCUGCAGUAUGGAGGGGCCGGGCUGAAGGCCCUGGGCAUGCUCAGUUGGCCGCUGGACAGCCCCCUCCUUUUUCUGCGUCAGGAUCACUGUAGAUGCUACGGUUAGCCCAUUUUUUGAUGUCUGUCCUCCUUUUAAAAGCCGCCACCUUAAAUGUAUGCUGAUGUUAAGAGUAUUUAACACCUUAGCAAAAAAUGUUGACUAAAAUACAUUAUCGUGAAUUUAAGUUUAAUUCUACUGACAUUCCAUUCAGGGCCAUGGUCGUCCUGGAAAGGGCAGGCCUAAGGUGUGGUGGGUGGCGUGCCAAAUCCAGGCAAGAGUUAGCUCAGUCAUUCAAGUUUAAGCGUUUGGCAGAAGAAAAGCUAGUGUAUACAGAAGGUGACAACUGGGACCAGGGUUAGGACACACUAUGCACGUUUUAUCACACUAAGCCGCGCUUGGUAGCAACGGUUCACUUGAUCCAGAACAUGCCCCUGAUUCCAAACACCUCGAAUGCCAGGUCUGCCGCAAGGCAAAAGUGAAGCGCUCAACUUCAUUCCUGUUUCUUAAUGAUCAUCAGUGCACUGUUUUAGACAACUGCUGGGGGGGGGGUUAACUCUCUGCGCUGUUUGUCUUUGUUUUUAGUCUUUCUUUAGCAUUAAGGCCUAGUUAAAUGUUGGUUUGGUAGCUUGAGAUUUGGUCCAUCUUGUCAUUGAAGUCUGGAAAGCAGAUGUGCACCUUCUUAAGCUACUGUGAUCAGAAUACAUGUGUAUUACGCUAUGCCGACCCCCACCGGCAAUCCAUUCACACGGGGAAAACGUCGUGUGUGUGUGUGUGUGUGUGUGUGAUACUUCGUUGGUUAUCAUCCUUUAUUUAUAUUCUAUCACUUGUCCUCUGUUGGUGUUUAGAGUCAGUUUUGAUAAACUGCUGUAUACGUUGUUGACUACUUCGUCAUUUUAAACCUGCUGUACUUUUUAAAGAUAUUCCAGUAUGAAAUAUUGAAUGUAUGGAAGUUCAGAUGUGAAUCGGAUGAAAUGUAACCUAUAUUUACUGACCGAUGCCUUUUCGAAAGAAGGGUAGGUCAUUUUCUUACAUUAAAAGAGAAUCUAUUUGCCGAAAA